AUGAUUCUCCAGGCUUCCUUUGGGCAUGAACUCGUACACCAGAAGCCGGUUGUCACCCUCCAAACAAUAGCCAAUAAACCAGAUCCAGGCCUUGAGGCUGUGAGGGUAUGCUCAUCAAUCCACCCUUUGAAAACAUACCCAAAUCCUCCUUCACCAAGAAGACUGUCAGACCUAAAGUUUUUGGUUGCACUUCGUAACUCAUUGAAAGUGAAGGCCUUGACAUGUGGUGAUGACAGAAUCUCGGCUUCCGAUCUUGGGGUCGGCAAGCUUUCGGCACUGCUUUUGCCGCUGUAUGAGGGAAUAGUUAUGUUGGAUGGUACAGAUGAGCUGCUGUUUUUGCUCGGGUAUCGUGAUGCUCCUAAUAAUGAAGAAAGGCAGAAUAAAUAUAUAAAAUCGAAUGAAAUGAAAUCAACAGGUCAACAAUUAGUUAAACAUGUAAGCAACAAGAAAGUUUAG